CACCACCCACACCUCACCAGAGACCACACUUUCUUUCUUCUCUCCUUUCCUCCCUCUCUCUGUCUGCCUGUCUCUUUGGGUCCCUGGGAUUGAUUGCUGCAGGCUUCUUCUUAAAGAACACGCAGCAGAGACCAGACGGAUCUGUCUCUCGCUCUCCUUCUUUUGAUUCUUGGCAGUUCUUGGUGUGUGUUGGGGGUUGUGAAUUGGAGAGAGAUAGGAUGGGGAGGGGCAGGCUUCAGCUGAAGAGGAUAGAGAACAAGAUCAACCGGCAGGUCACCUUCUCCAAGAGGAGGGCGGGCCUGCUCAAGAAGGCCCACGAGAUCUCUGUCCUCUGCGACGCCGAGGUCGCCCUCAUCGUCUUCUCCACCAAGGGCAAGCUCUUCGAGUACUCCACCGAUUCCUGCAUGGAGAGAAUUCUCGAACGCUAUGAAAGAUACUCCUACGCGGAGCACCAAGUUCUUGCAAGUGAGACGGAAUCGACUGGUAGCUGGACUUUGGAGCAUGCUAAGCUCAAGGCCAGGCUUGAAGUUUUACAGAGAAAUCAUAGGCAUUUCAUGGGAGAAGAUCUUGAUUCUAUGAGUCUCAAAGACCUCCAAAAUUUGGAGCAGCAACUUGAUUCUGCUCUCAAACACAUAAGAUCGAGAAAGAAUCAGCUCAUGCACGAAUCAAUCUCGGUGCUUCAGAAAAAGGAUAGGGCAUUGCAGGAGCAAAACAACCUGCUUACAAAGAAAGUAAAGGAGAAGGAGAAGGCACUAGCCCAGCAAGCUCCGUGGGAGCAGCAAGACCAUGCCCUUGACUCACCUGUUAUUCUACCUCACAACUUGCCUUCUCUCGACAUCAACGGCUCUUAUCAAGCGAGACACGACGGGCACUACUACGGAGAAAACCUGACUCAUCCGCGGGCCGGUACACUCCUCCCUGCAUGGAUGCUCCGCCAGCUAAAUUAAGGCUUUAACAUAAAGGGGAACUUCUGCUGCUUUAUCUAUAAUAUGCAAUUUUAACGUCUGAAUGUAUGGAUUGCAUGGCAUAAUCUUGGCCUCUCGCCCACCCUUGCUCUAGCGAAAUAAACUUUGAUCUGCUUUUUUGCAGCAUUCAGUAUUCCUCAGUGUGGUCCUCUGUGUAUGUAUAGCACGCAUUACGUAUGUGUAUACCGAUGUACAUUUGUGCAAAAUUAUCUAUGGAAAUACAGCCAUGAAGUAGAUGGAGAAGUAUAUGUAA